AAGUUUUCGGUAUUUUGAGAACUAUUUUGACAUGCCAGGAUGUGUGGUGUGUGCCAGAUUAGUGGAUAUUAUUGACAAACAGGCAGGGAAAAGACAAGAGGAGUACACAUUUUGGCCUGAUGUGUUAGAAUGCUUUGGCCAUGUAUAUCAGAGGGAAAACUUUGCAGAUGAUAUAGGAGGGUAUUUUCCAACCUACAAAGCUGAUCCAUUGAGGUAUGUUGAACCCUGUAGUGAUGCUGUUAAAGGCUGGUUUAAGAAGCUGAAGGAUGCUGGAAAGGUUACAUUCCUUCUUACAAGUUCACAUGUUGAUUACGCAGAGUCUCUACUGGAAAAUAUUCUAGGGAAAGAUUGGCAAGAUUACUUUCAUGUUGCUAUGAUGUACGCAAGGAAACCAGGAUACUUCACCAAAGAGCAAACAGAGAGACCUUUCUAUUCUAUUGUUAAUAACAAAGAAGGAGAUGAGGUGAAUGAGAUUCAGACAGGAUGUAAGUAUCUACAAGGCAGUGUUCACACUUUUCAUUCAUACCUCAAGAAAAUGAGUGGAAAAGAAAAUCCAAAGGUGGCAUAUUUUGGUGACAGUGUUCGUUCCGAUGUUCUCCCGCCUCAAUCCGUUGGAUGGCAUCCAUUCCUCAUCUUAGAAGAAAUGGAAGCAGAAGGCUUGAGUGAAGAUAGUAAAGAUCAAACAGAUGGACCACCAACUAAGAGAGGAAAGAUCGCUGGUCCAUCAACUACCGAGAAAGAGUUCAUUACAUCAAGCAUAUGGGGUUCAUUCUUCACCGACCAGACAGUGUUAAACCUACCUGAUGGGAGCGUUCAAACUGGAGGGGAUGAACAUGAUGGUAUGAAUGGACAAGUUGAUCGUCAGUUUGAGAGCCUGAACACAUUAUGGGGGUAUUUCAUCCAAACAUAUGCAGAUGUAGCAAUACCACAGCUUGACUAUAUUGCAGAUCUCCCACUUGACCACCAGUUUGGUACAUUUGCGGACACGACACACCAUUCAGCAGGCUUCUUCCCUCAACCUCCAGAAACUCUCAAGAAAAAAUGAAAGUCAACCAAAACAAAAAAUAACAGUACUUGAGUUUGGUGUGUGAUUACAGUUAGCAGUAAUCAUUGAUUUUAUUCAGCAUUAAUUGACCGCUCGUGAGAUAUGAUCUGUACAUGUAGUUACCUCAAAGUGGGUGCUCUCUUUAUCCUUAUAAGACCGGGGUAUUUUUGAGGCUGGAAAAUCCUUUUUGAACAGCAUUAUCAGAAAAUUUCACAUUACAGAUUUAUCAUGGAAUAUGAUGAGGGAGGGUGUUUUAGCCACCCCCCCACUGUUUUGGAGUUAAACCUUACAUUAUUACACUAUGUGAAUUAGAUUUCUGUUGCCUGCAGGUUAAUAAUUGUACCUUGUUUCAAAACCGAAAGUUACAGCAAUGGUAAAUGAUUGGUUCAUUACUCAGAUGGGUGUAUUGAUAUCGUGUUGUGUGUUUUAAUUGUAUGUUUUCACAGAAUGCAAUAGCCCUCCAUACAGUUUUGUUUUGAAAUAAAGAUUAACUUCAGAACUAUUGUAUGAAACCUGAUAUAUAAGGCACAUACACAUAGCAAUAUCGUUGUAUGUUAUCGAAGGGGGUAUAUUUGCUACUGCAUUAUCAGGUAAUGAAUUUCCAAUUUUCAUUAGGUAUGUCAGAACCUAAUUUAAUUAAAAAAAUUAUACACUUGAUAAUCAAUAAAUAUACUUUCCCCUUACUAUUCAAUUCCAUUUAUUUUGGAUAUAACGGUCUAAUCUCUUUGAUCUUUUUAUGACAUGAAUAUGUACAAUUUGAUUUGAGUUUUACUACUAUUUAUUAAGCAAGAAAAACAGGGAAUCAAUAGUGAAAUAUAUUUUUAUAUUCAAAUACAAUCUGGGGUCCAUCUUCGAUUGAUCCAAUCAACCGUAACUAUGGAUGGCCAACAACAUCAACAUCUAAAAUGCAAGUUUGUUCAAAAUAUUUUCUAGAUAUGAUGUAUAUUCAUUUAUUCAUUCAUCAUUCUCUUGAAAAUUCAGUGUGAUUCUCUUUGUUUAAGUAGAAGAUUGUGCAAAUUUUCUGUAGAAAAAAUAUGGUAUGGAUGGAUUUCCAUAGAGUUGAGAUUGAUUGGAUUUAGUUGUUACUCUUUGUGAGACGGGGCCCAGGUUUAACAAGAAAGAAGAAGAGGGCGAUUCCAUGCUAGAAAAAUCAGCCAUUUUCACAACAUUUUUCAACCUGCUGUCCAAACAAAUGAAGAACUUCAAUUUGCUUUGUGGUAAUAUUAAAGUACUUCUGGGUAGACAUGCAACAAACUGACAACAAACAAAAAUAUGUUGUCCGUAGGUGAAUAAGAGCUUAAAAUGUUGCGUGUCGUUCUGGACAUUUCUACGUCCCCUACAACACACAAUAUUUUCACCUAUAAUUAACCCAUGAUCAUUUUUUUGUGUUGGUUAUUAGUUUUUCACAUGACGACCCACUAUAGCUUUAUCAUUGACAAAAAAGAAUAUUUCAUUGCUCAAGCAUUUGGCUAGGAAACUAGAAGUUGUCAAAAUGUCCCGUACGACACAAAUGAAAUGGCCCUAGAGGAUAGUGCUCAGUCACACAAUGAAACAGACUCCAAACAGACUGAUGGUAUGUCAUAACAGAUCUGAGUGCCAUUUCAUGAAGACUUGUUAUAAUAACAAAUGACCAAGUUUCUAUAUCAAAUUAACUAUCAGCCAAUCAGAUUGAAGGAUUUCAGUAGCUUUUAAUUGCUAUUGUAAAUUUGUAAUAAUAACAAGUUUUAUGAAAUGACUCCAAGUUGGUCUGGACUCCGUUUCGCUGGUGUGACUGUGAUAUAUUAAGAAUUGUCUGUGUCAUGGCCUGUGAAGGUAACAUUCAUUUCCUGAACACAUGUGAGCUAUUACUAUGUACACAGAAAAACAAACUCAGAAAUUAGUGAGCUAUCCCAUUGACAUGAGAUAAAAAUAUGUAUGCUUUUAUAUUUUCAAGUAGAUGUUAAGAACAGUCAAACAUCCUUUUCAAUUAAGAAUAGUCAAGCAGAUAUAAGAUAUAACUUUAUUCAAACCAAUCAAGUGAUAAAAUACAAUUAUUUAGUACAAAGGUUGGCAAAGAGAAUAUAACAUGAAUGGUUUUGGACCCCAUAGAAACAGAGCUUGUGAAAGGACUGCCUUAUGAAAUUGAUAUAACAACAUAAUUGAUAUAACAACAUAAACAAAAAAAUAAUUUGUACCCUGUUUUAAAAAGAAAACUCACAGCAAUGGUAAAUGAUUGGUUCAUUACUCAGAUGGGUGUAUUGAUAUCAUGUGUGUUUUAAUUGUAUGUUUUCACAGAAUGCAAUUUGAAAUAAAGAUUAACUUAAGAACUAUUGUAUAAAACCUGAUUUACAAAGCACAUACAUGCAGCAAUAUAUUUGUAUGUUAUCAAAGGUGGUACAUUUGCUUCUGCAUUGUCAGGUAAUGAAUUUCCAAUUUUCAUUGGGUAUGUCAGAAACUAAUUUAUUAAUUUUUUGGUACACUUUAUAAUCAUUAAAUAUAUUUUUCCCCUAACUAUUCAAUUCCAUUUAUUUUGGAUAUGAAGUUCUAAUCUCUUUGAUCUUUUUAUGACAUGAAGAUGUACAAUUUGAUUUAGUUUAUAAUAAUGUAUUAUUGUUACUACUAUUUAUUAAGCAAGAAAAACAGGAAAUCAAUCAUGAAAUAUACACAUUUAUAGAGAUUUUAAUAUUCAAAUACAACCUGGGGCCAAUCUUCGACUGAUCCGAUCAACCACAACUAUUGACGGCCACCAACAUCAACAUCUAAAAUGCAAGUUUGUUAAAAAAUUUCUAGAUAAGAUGUAUAUUCAUUCAUUCAUUCAUUCUUGAAGAUUCAGUGUGAUUCUCUUUGUUUAAGUAGGAGAUUGUGCAAAUUUCCUGUAGAAAAAAUAUGGUAUGGAUAGAUUUCCAUAGAGUUGAGAUUGAUUGGAUUUAGUUGUUACUCUUUGUGAGACGGGGCCCAGGUUUAACAAGAAAGAAGAAGAGGGCGAUUCCAUGCUAGAAAAAUCAGCCAUUUUCACAACAUUUUUCAACCUGCUGUCCAAACAAACGAAGAACUUCAAUUUGCUUUGUGGUAAUAUUAAAGUACUUUUGGGUAGACAUGCAACAAACUGACAACAAACAAAAAUAUGUUGUCCGUAGGUGAAUAAGAGCUUAAAAUGUUGCGUGUCGUACGGGACAUUUCUACGUCCCGUACAACACACAACAUUGUCACCUAUAAUUAACCCAUAAUCAUUUUUUUUGUGUUGGUUAUUACUUUUUCACAUGACGACGCACUAUAGCUUUACUAUUGACAAAAAAGAAUAUUUCAUUGCUCAAGCAUUUGGCUAGGAAACUAGAAGUUGUUGUCAAAAUGUCCCGUACGACACAAAUGAAAUCGCCCUAGAGGAUAGUGCUCAGUCACACAAUGAAACAGACUCCAAAACAGACUGAUGGUAUGUCAUAACAGAUCUGAGUGCCAUUUCAUGAAGACUUGUUAUAAUAACAAAUGACCAAGUUUCUAUAUCAAAUUAACUAUCAGCCAAUCAGAUUGAAGGAUUUCAGUAGCUUUUAAUUGCUAUUGUAAAUUUGUAAUAAUAACACGUUUUAUGAAACGACUCCAAGUUGGUCUGGACUCCGUUUCGCUGGUGUGACUGUGAUAUAUUAAGAAUUGUCUGUGUCAUGGCCUGUGAAGGUAACAUUCAUUUCCUGAACACAUGUGAGCUAUUACUAUGUACACAGAAAAACAAACUCAGAAAUUAGUGAGCUAUCCCAUUGACAUGAGAUAAAAAUAUGUAUGCUUUUAUAUUUUCAAGUAGAUGUUAAGAACAGUCAAACAUCCUUUUCAAUUAAGAAGAGUCAAGCAGAUAUAAGAUAUAAGUUUAUUCAAACCAAUCAAGUGAUAUAGUACAAAUAUUUAGUACAAAGGUUGGCAAGGAGAAUAUAACAUGAAAGGUUUGGGACCCCAUAGAAGCAGAGCUUGUGAAAGGACCCCCUUAUGAAAUUGAUAUAACAACAUAACAAAACAACAGAAGAAAUAAAUAGAAAUAAAACAUUUUAGCAAGAAUAUUGAUGAAUCGUGACUUAUCAUGCAAAUGACACAGAUUUCACUUAUAGCAGACUGAAUGCAACAAUCUUAUUAAAGGAUAAUAUUCUUCCUUCUCUUUGUACCAGAGAUGUUAAGAAAACAGCACUGCCACUCCUGACCAUGUUCAGUCAGUAUGUACAGAUGUAUACCAUGUGAGAUGUAUUGUAUAACGUGAGAGUGAAAAAAAAAUUAUAUGGCUGCAAUGACUGAAUCCAAAUGCCAGUGAUGUCAUAAUUAGUAAACGUAUUUGCCAGUCCCUUUUCAAUGAAAUUAACUUGAGAAUUGAUACUAAAAAGUGUUUACUAGACAAUUAUAAUGUUAAUUAUGUUUAACAAUUGACUUUAAUGCAACCCUUAUAGAAUUAUGACAUCAUUGGCAUCUGGAUUCAUUAAUUGCAGUCGUGCCUUACUUUGACGCAAAUCAAACUUUACACCACAGUAAGAAAUAUCCCCUGAUUAUCCAAGCGUUAACACAUACCACAUUUGGGAGAAGAUACUCUUUCCUGCCAUAUUUAAUGAUUAUGUGUUCGCAUCAUAUUUUUUUCCUUUAAUUGGGUUUUAUGAGGUGUCAUUUUUUUUUUACUCACAAAGUAUAUCUAAAGGCAUUUUAUCAUUUACUCUAACUUCUUAAUAUCAACAAUUUUCAUUUGUUAACAACACCAAAGAGAAUCAGGUUGAAAAUCAAUGAUGCUAUUAAACCUAGUUUAGAGUGAAUAGAUUAUAUGCUACAAACAUGUGUAUUUUCUAAAUAUUUCAAGUGCAUUUAUUCUUAACUGAAUAUGAUGGGUCAAUCAGAUGAGCACCUGCCUCAUGUACGAGUAGGUCAAGGGUUCAAUCCCUGGCUGAGUCCUUAUAAAGACUAUAAGGAUGGGUCCCUAUGUCUUCUAGGCAUACCGCAUUUUAGAAUUGAGAAGGGAAGUAAUAUCAUAUGAUUGUGUUAUGCAUGUCCUGCUUGAAGAACAGAUUAUAAGAGCUAAAUUAGCUACCACAUGGGUCAAUUGUUAGUAAUUGCAGCAUUAUGAUCUCCAACAAAAGAAAAUUGCAGCAUUCUCAAUCAAAUUCUUUGGAUUCUUUAAUAGGCAUAUCAUUUUUCAGUAGCGGAUCCAGGUGGGGGGCGACGGGGCGGUCGCUCCCCCAAUUUUUUUAAUCGGCGCCAAAGGCGCCACCACCACCCCAAAACAACUUUUUGGUAAGGCAUUACCUCGGGAGGACCUUAAGCCGUCGGUCCUCUGGCUGCUUGUUUACAGGCAUUCAUGCUUUCUUAGCAAUCAGGUAAAAAAUCACCACCGCCACUACUAAGGUCGGCGCCGCUCAAAAAAAAAAAAAAAAUGAAAAUGAAAUAAAACCGGCGCCGCUUUCAUCUCAACCGGCGCCAGUCAAGAAUAAUCGACGCCGAUCAAAAACAA